AUGGCACUUCUUCAGCUUAUUUUAAUUUUCAAUUUUCUCCUCUUUGCUGGGAGCUCAUUGAGGCUUGUAGAAUCAGUGGUGACCAGUAGAAGGAUGAUGAUCGUAAGACGAAACGAGACGGAUCGACUUGCUUUGUUGGACUUGAAGAAACAAAUUGAUGAUCCAUACGGAGCACUAAGUUCUUGGAAUGAUUCCAUCCAUUUCUGCAACUGGGUAGGGAUCACAUGUGGCCAUCGGUAUCAACAACGGGUUAUCAGCUUGGAUUUACAAGGGAAGGGCUUGGGAGGUAACAUUUCUCCUUCCAUAGGAAAUCUCACUUUUCUUCAUUUCCUCAACAUUGGAAACAAUAGUUUCCAUGGCAAAAUCCCCCAAGAGAUCGGUAAUUUGAUUCGACUACAGUCCAUUGUUUUUCAUAACAACACUCUUGAAGGAGAAGUCCCUACCAGCUUGGCCAACUGCACUCGUCUAAGAGAAAUUCACUUCUCCCGUAACAAUCUUGUGGGGAAGAUUCCGGCUGAACUAUUUAGAUCUUUGUCGAAGUUGGAGAUCAUUUCUAUUAAUCAUAACGGCUUAACAGGAAAAAUACCAACUUCUUUUGGGAACAUUUCCUCCAUCCGAGUUAUCUCUUUGGAUUGGAAUGGACUGCAAGGGAGCAUUCCAGAAUCCUUUGGUCAGCUAACCAACUUAUACUUUCUAGCACUUGGUUUAAACAAACUAUCUGGUAUGAUCCCUGUCUCACUAUAUAAUCUCUCUUGUCUUGAAACGAUUUCUCUUCCAGCUAACCAACUGCAUGGGAGCCUUCCACAAGACAUAGGCCUCACUCUUCCAAAUCUCAUUAAACUAGUCAUUGGAAACAACCUUUUCUCAGGAAGCAUUCCUAGUUCCAUCUCCAAUAUUUCAACACUCGAAAAGAUUGAUCUCAGUAGAAACAUAUUUGUUGGCCCCGUUCCUAACAACUUAGAAAAUCUUCAAAACCUUCAAUUGUUCAAUAUUGAAGAAAAUCAAUGUGGAACAGGGGAAGCUGAUGAUUUAUAUUUUGUAAAUUCUUUGGUCAAUUGUACACAUCUAGAGAUUUUGUCCCUUACAGAAAAUGGUUUUAAGGGUUCCAUUCCAAAUUUCAAAGCCAAUCUCUCAACACAGCUCUCAAUGUUUUUUUUAGGAACAAAUCAAAUAUUUGGAACCAUUCCUACUGGGAUUGAGAAUCUCGUUAACUUAACCGAAUUGGCCAUGGAGGAGAACUUUCUCGAAGGUAAUAUUCCGUCUAUUAUAGGGAAACUUCCGAAGCUUCAAAGAUUAUUCUUGAGUGGAAAUAGACUUUCAGGACCAAUACCUUCCUCUAUAGGCAAUCUCACUCUUUUGUAUGAACUCCAUUUAGAAGAAAACAACUUGAAUGGCACCAUUCCUUCCAACAUUGGAAAUUGUCAACAGUUACAAUACCUAAACCUUUUUAAUAAUAGCCUCCACGGCCCAAUACCUAAACAAUUCUUCCUUAUUUUCUCCUUAUCAAUUUCUCUAGACUUGUCUUCUAAUUCUCUGGGGGUAAUAUCUUUGAAGGAAUCAUUCCUCAAUCUUUGA